AUGUCACUACAAUAUUUGAAGUGGUCAAACAAGGAAGAAACAAAACAAAAUAUCAAGGAGCUGCGACAAUUAAUAACAUCUCAUUGGUGCAACGAGCUAUCGAGUUUAGCCUUAAAGGACAUUAAAGAGAAGCAUUGGGAAAAACCGGUGCAACUGCCAUUAACAAAAGAUAUAGAAGCUUUCCAAUUAUAUCUUAACAGUCGUGCUGAUAAAGCAUACGAAAGUUUGGCUAAAAUUGGACAGUAUUCUAAAUUGGACUACAAAAUUUUAACUGAAUGCGUCUUUACAUUGGUUGUUAUGUUUAAUAGAAAAAGAGUAGGUGAUGUCCAAUACCUUAAAAUUGAUACAUAUGAGUCUACUAGUGGAACACAAAUACCAGAAACGUUUAUGGAAUCGCUUACCACUGUUGAAAAAGUUUUAAGUCAAAAAUUUAAACGUGUGGUAACUAGUGGUAAGGGCUCUAAGCCAGUGCCGAUACUAUUUUCGAAUCGACUCCAGAAAUUCGUAUCGUGCUUACUCAACGUAAGAAAGAAAAGCGAUAUUGUACCUAAAUCGAAUCCAUAUUUAUUUGCCAACCCCGGAUCGAUAAACAGAUGGAUCAGUGGUACCAAUGUAAUAAGUCGCCUUGCUAAGGAAUGCGGGGCUGAAAACCCAUCUGUUUUAACUUCAACAAAGUUUAGGAAGCAUAUAGCUACUACUUUGCAGCUAUUGAGUAUGGACGAAAACGAUAUGGAACAAAUUGCCAAGUUUAUGGGCCACACACCUAAAACGCAUGCUGAAUUUUAUAGAUUGCCGCAGGAUAUUUACCAGACGGCAAAAGUGGCAAAAAUUCUAUUACUGUUAGAUAAGGGAAAAGGUCACCAGUUUCAUGGAAAGAAUAUAAAUGACAUUGAGCUGAAGGAUGACAUCUAUUACAGUUCCGAAUCUGAAAUCGAUGAUGAAGAAGAUAUUCCUCUUUCGGAACGUGUUCUAAGACAGUUAUCAAAAAACCAUACAAAAGAAACAUCUCUUCAAAGUGAUGCGAUAAAAUGUUUGGAUACAACGUUAAAGGUUACAGAAAAUACAUGUAAAGAGAAGAGUAGUGAGACGAAAAAUAGAUGUAUAGGAAGAGGCAGGUGUGAAGAAAGGGUUGUUCCUAAAAACGAUACCGAUCGAAUUGGCCAAAGUAAAGGAACUGAAGGAAGACGCAAAUGGUCUGUACAAGAAAAAAGAUUAGUCUUAAAUCACUUUAAAAACCAUAUCAAAAAGCAUAUUACUCCAAAAAAGACCGAAUGUGAACAACUUAUUCGACAAAAUUUAGAGAUAUUAAAAAAUAAAGAUUGGACGGCCCCAGUCCUCUUCCCGGGAGUGCCAAAGGUGAUGACCAUCGUAAUCGUCGAAAGGUGUGUAUGA